AUGAAAAACUGGAACAAAUGGAUCCAAGCGGGUAUUGUGUUUACAGUGUUCGUGCUGGUACGGCUGCUGCUGGGUGGCGAAGAUGACGCACGACACCCUGGUCCGUCUUACUUCUUCCGUGAGCCGCAAGUCAGACGGGAACUGAACCCGGAUGCCUCGCUGUCCGUACCUUUCCUCGACAAGAUCAACAGCUUUUGGCUUGUGAAGGGGGAGACGCAGAUACGCAAUCUGGGAAAUAUACGGUUAACUUCGCGCGGCCAGCCUGACCAGUAUGGAAUGAUAGUUUCGAAUGGCGCGGGAGAUAACGUCCUGGACGACUUUGAGACCAUCGUGUCAUUCAAAAUAUACAACAAGAACAAUGGACGAGGUGCAGGCUCGAUGGGCGAUGGAAUGGUGGUCAUGUUAACUCCGGAAAAGGAUUUUGUUGCUUCUAAUCUGUUAUCUUCGUACGCCCGACAGCAGUACGAGCAUAAUUCUGGUGGUAUUCUGUACAACGACCGCGAGCUCAUGGGCUUGCCGCGCAACCUUCCAGGACUGGCAGUCGUAGUGGACACCUAUAGAAAUAAUCCCAAGACAAAAAUUAGGCCACCAUUCAUGACUGUCUUGCUUAAUAUGGACCCGCAGAGUCACCAUUACAACAGUGCGUCAGACGGAACGCAGAGCACAGGAUACUUGCUGGCCGGUCCUCUCAAAUUAAAGAACACUUUGCUGUCUGGAAGGGAUGCGAAAUUACGAAUAAUAUAUUUGGAGACCAUAGGCUUUUUGAGAAUCGACGUAUGCUACUCUGACAAGGAAGAGUGGAUAGAACUUUUCCAAAAGGACACAAAUCUGUAUCUGCCGAAAAACAAAAAAACUGGCGAGAGGUACAUCGCAAUUGCGGCUCUUACCGGCCAAUUAUCUGAAACGGUAGAGGUCAAACAGGUUCAGACUUCCGAGUUUCAUUGGAAGGGCCACGAAAGUCAGGACUUUGAUUAUGCAGAAGAAAUGCGGUUUUUCUUGGCUCACGAAUUUGGCGAACGCAUACAUGUUCAUGAAAGGCACCAUGACGAGUGGCAGAGGGCAAAAACGCAAGGUAUGACCAACCAAGACCUUGAACGAAACAAAGCUUCGUACUCGCUCCCUUCCUCUUUGUCAUCAUCAUUAUCGUCAUUUUUCCAUUUCGUAACGAAAUGGGCUUGCAUCAUGCUGUUGGUCUACGGACUGUCGGUACUGGCGCGAAUCAUCUUGAAACAUAGACGCAGAGAUCAUACUAACAGGCGAGCUGGUAUUUUAGGCUAG